GGUCAAAACCAUCGAAAGAGCUAACAACGGUAUCUCCUUGUCUCCUUGCUAGCACUACUACUGCUACUUCACACGAACCAAGGUACGUGACGACGAUGGUCGACGCUGUAUGGAACAGAGACUAAACACAACAACAAAUUUAGCACCGGGAAACACAUUAAAUUACACCGUAGUUACACCGUAGAACCACCCCGUUGGAGCCCUGAAUUUUACCGUCCUCACCGAUUGCAUUUCUCGUUCCUCUGAUUGUUGUCCAACACAACGCAACGUGACGCUACCGCUGUUCCCAAAAAUUGCCAAAUAAAUUACCAAACGCAGUACGAAAUUACACAUUCAAAAUGGUUUUCAAGAGACACGUAGAAGUCGGACGCAUCGUCCUUAUCAAUUACGGACCUGAAAAGGGAUCGUUGGCCACCAUCAUCGACAUUGUUGACCAAAACAAGUGCUUGAUCGAUGGACCCGCCGAGCUUACCGGAGUUUCCCGACAGGUCAUCUCCUACUCGCGAAUUGCCCUCACCGAUCUUACCGUUAAAAUCCAGGCUAACGCCCGCCAAAAGACCCUCCUCAAGGCCUGGUCAGAGGCCGAUACUCUUGCAAAGUGGGAAGCUUCCAGCUGGGCCAAGAAGAUGAGCGCCAAGAAGACCCGAGCCAACCUUUCUGAUUUCGAUCGAUUCAAGGUUAUGGUAGCAAAGAAACAAAAGUCAGAAAUCAUUGCCAAGAAAAUGGUCGAGCUCGGUGCAUAAAUGCCGGAAUGACUGAUAAUCAAACUGCAAACAACUA